AUGGAAGAAAAUUAUAAUGGCAAUAGAGAGCAUCAAGAUUCGGGCGAAGAGUCCAACAGAGCUAUUCUUCCUCUUCUCCAAGCACCUGGGAACCAGCAACCGCACCGGACCACCAACUUUUAUAUUGAUAAUAUUUUACGACCAGACUUUGGACGGAGGAAAGAUGGGACUUUUCAUUAUGAUGAGAAUCCCCUCAAUGGACGAGAGAAUAGUCCUGUCCUUCCCCAAAAAUCUGGGCAUUUAGGUGGGACGGUGUCAGGGGAAGGAACUUCGAAUUCUCGUUCAGUCAGUGAGCCCAAAAAAGCAGAUAUUGUUGCAGAUACGCUUCUCAAGCCCGGAGGAGAAAUUGGAGAUCAGUGCCUGAGCUCCGACUCGGAAAGUUCUCAAGCCAAUUCUGCACCUUCGUCGAAACCUAUGCUCUGGCCAGCCUGGGUGUAUUGUACAAGAUAUUCGGACCGACCAUCAUCAGGUAAAGUCUAGUAUUUUUCGUGCCUUAGUAUUUAGUAAGAAUAUGAAUACCAUUAGACAUUGGAUCGCUUGAGCGCAAUAUAAACUGACUCAGUGAACUAAAUAAGUCGAAAUAUUAACCUGAAACCACAUCCUGCAGGCACAUAAUACAAACAUUUAAAGUAUCCCUUUGUGUAGCCUAUUUUCAAUGCUUUGUCCUGAACUUUUGGGAAAUGUAUAAAAUAAUAUUUGAAAAAAAAAAUUGCUUGCCAAAUAGUGAAUAAUAUUCCGAAUGUAUCCAUAACUACAGAAGACCUCGAUUACCCUAGGAUAUAUAUUAGGCUACUACAAGUCAAUGUUAUUUUUACUGUUAGCCUAUUAUAAGUCUAUUAUCACCAUACAAAUAUUUGGCUAGUAAUGCAAUUAUUAUCAAGCUGACAAUUCCAGUUGAAUUAUAAAGAGAGAAAAAAAGAAAAGGAAGAAGAUAAAAUAGAAGUAAAUACUUUUUGGAUAAAAAAAGGUUCUAAGUAUUAAAAAUAUCGAAGUAGUAAAGUUUGUAAGUAACUUUUAAAGCAGUAUUGAAACGUUUACGCCAUUGUUCCUCAGUAGUCUUUGGAAAAAUUUAUAAUUAGCAUUUUUGUUUACAAUGGGGCGAGGCAAAAAGUGUAUUUCGUCCACAUGCAAUAUGAGAUUCGUGCAAUCAGACUUUUAGAGUGCAAAGUUUGGAGGAAAAAAAUGGACCGAUAUUAGGAAUAAAAACGUGUGUCGCUACUUUUUACUUCUCUCCUCUGAUAUAUUUAGCCUGUAGUUUUCAUAAUAUUCUCAAACUAUUCUCAUAUUAGGAUAUUAGGUCUAGGCCUGGCAUAAACGCUUACUGCUGCAGGUUGUGAUUAUUAAUGUCAAUCUUCCAUUAUGGCCUAUAGCCAAAUGUUUGUUUUAUUUGUAUUUUUUUCUUCAUAUAAUGUCGAAGUAAAUAGCCUACACUUCAGAAGUGUAUCAAAGUAACAAUUAUAGAAGUUGGGCAUUUUAAUUUAAUUUCUAGUUAACAUCGUUUAAACUUAGUACAUUGUUAUAUUGGACUAUCCAUUCAGCUUUAGAAGCACUAACAUAAAGUUAAUAGUGAUAAUAUCCCAUUGUCGUAUAACAUGUAGUCUAUAGGCCCUAUAUUAUGCAUAAUGGAAUGAAUACAUUAACUUCUCCGAACAAUUCAAAGAUAGUAGCCUAACAAAAUAAAGUUUCAUUAGGCUACUAAACAAAAAACGUUCCCACUGUGUUUUAUGUUGGUAUUAAUAGGCGUGCAUGUCACGACAUAAAAGGAAUAAAAACCUUCAUUCCAGAAAACCGAUGGUAUUUUGCAGUACGAAAAAAAUAUGAUAUGAUGGGCCAAUUGAUUAUAAUAAUAUUCAAACGCUAUAUUGUGAAGCCAAUAAACGUGUAGCUGCGAAUUGAUCUCUUAUUUGAUGUAGAACUAGCCUACUCAAAAACAGCUGAGUUUCAAUAAAUGUUUACGAUAUUCAUUACACAUUUAUGAAAAUGCAAGCUUAUAAAUGUAGUUCCUAUGGUAACAGUGAGAAAGGGGCGCCUAGACUGCCUCCCUCUAACUCCACCCCAAUCAACACCAUCAUCGUCUACUAUGCACACAAAACCCCGCACCCUUUUAGAAUAGGCUACUCUAAAUUCUAAUACAAUUCAGGCCUAUAGCUUAUUGUGACUAUAUUGGAACUUUGGCUAAUAUUAAAACCAACACAAUACUUAUUCUACUAGCCUGCUACUAAAGGCCCAUAGGACCUACUAGGCCUACUGCUACCCUACUACUAGGCCCAUUCUUGCAUGUUACUAGGUUCUGAUGAUCAUCAUAUUAAUUAGUCUGGCAUUAGUGAACAAGUUAUUGAGGACGUUGAAGGUCUACUUUUUUUUAGUUUCAAAGUCUGAUCAUUGAAUGUAUUCUAAUCUACAGGGCCAAGAUCUCGAAAACCAAAGAAGUCGACCACCGCCACGACAACAACGACGAUGACACCAAGCAAGGAUGACAAGCGUCCGAGAACGGCCUUCACAGCAGAACAGCUCCAGAGACUAAAAACGGAGUUUCAGACUAAUCGUUACCUGACCGAACAGAGAAGACAAAGUCUGGCACAAGAACUGGGCCUCAACGAAUCUCAAAUUAAAAUCUGGUUUCAAAACAAGAGGGCCAAAAUAAAGAAGGCUACCGGAAAUAAAAACUCUUUAGCCUUGCACCUAAUGGCACAGGGACUUUACAAUCAUGCCACAUCAUCUAAGGAUGAAAAAUCAGACAGCGAUUGA